UUAAAGGAGCCGAGGUUUAGUCUGCCGCCGCCGGCGCCGCCUCCUCUCCGCUCGGCUGCAGGGCGACAGAGGACAGACUCUCACCAGACUCUCCUGCAAGGGGACACGGGCAGGAGGGAAUUUGUUCCCCUCUGCUAUCAUCACCAAAAGGUUUCCCAUCUGCCUCUGAUUACCUUUGGCUGUAGUUGGUUAGUUGCCAGCCAUCCGGGCCAGUGUGGCGUCUCUGCUCGCUUUUGAAUCCCCAAACGGCUCGAAGGGAGCCGGGAAGGAAGGGCAGCGGAGAGAGGCCGAAAAGCUGCCAGCGCUGCUGUUUCACCCCCAUCGCAGAAGUCAAGUCUGGUGUUUUCUCCGUCUAUGAGGAGCUUCGCCAUCGCUCAGUGACAGACAGACACGCUGCAGGUGCAGAGAGUCUCUGGUCAUCCUGCAGCUAUGGCCCGACCAAGCGCUGAGCUGUCCCUCUGCUAGGCGACGGGGCAUCCGACAGGGCAGGAGACAUGUUGGGACAGAGGACCGAGGACCACCGCACUGAAGUCUGUUACUAUAGCAAAUACUGUAGUAACCAUGGAAAAGCUAUGGAGGACUGCUCUGGUCUGCACUGUCGUUGUCGUCCUGGUUGCCACCAAGAUCACAGGAGGUCACAAGGAUGAGUUUGCUAAAUCACAAGCUGCUUUUUUGUCCAGCCUAGGCCAGUAUGAGAUCGCCAUCCCAGUACGUGUAGGACCAAAUGGCGAGAUGCUGGACACAGACAGGACAAAAUACCACCAAAGAAGACGACGAAGCACUGAAGACAGGCUGCCUGACUCUCUCUUCUACCAGCUGUCCACGUCGCAGAACAACUUCCUGCUGAACCUGACGCUGCAGGGAGGCCUGCUGUCCCGCCAGUUUAGAGUGGAGUACUGGAAGAGGGGCCAGGUAGCCUGGAGUCACCCAUACUCUCCCCAUUGUCAUUACACGGGUCACCUCCAGGACCAGCCGCACUCUAGCAAAGUGGCCCUGAGCAACUGCAACGGCCUGCAGGGGGUGAUUGUUGCAGGUGGAGAGGAGUACCUCAUUGAACCGCUUGUCUCACCAGAUAACCAAACCCGGACAGAGAGAGGGGAGAGGACAGAAGGGCGCCCCCAUGUGGUUUACAAACGCUCAUCACUGCACUAUCAGUACAAGGGCCGCUCCUGCGGGGUCAUUGACGAGAAGCCAAUGAAAGGCGCUUCGUGGUGGCAGCGGACCCUGAAGACGCCGCCUCACCAUGUCGGCCGCAGCCAGCUGCCCCUGAAGCGCUCGGUCAGUCAGGAGCGCUACGUGGAGACGCUGGUGGUGGCCGACAAGAUGAUGGUGGGAUACCACGGCCGCAGGGACAUUGAGCAGUACAUUCUGGCCGUCAUGAAUAUUGUUGCCAAACUGUUCCAUGAUUCUAGCCUGGGGAAUGCAGUCAACAUCGUGGUGACACGACUCAUCCUGCUCAUGGAAGACCAGCCAACACUGGAGAUCAACCAUCAUGCUGGGAAGUCUUUGGACAGUUUCUGUAAGUGGCAGAAAACCAUCCAGCACCGCAGCAGCAGCUACGGAAACGCCAUCCCGGACAACGGCAUCGCUCACCACGACACCGCCGUGCUCAUCACCAGGUACGACAUCUGCAUCCAGAAAAACAAGCCCUGUGAAACUCUAGGUCUGGCUCCGGUGGGAGGGAUGUGUGAGCCAGAGAGGAGUUGCAGCAUCAACGAGGACAUCGGUCUGGGAACAGCCUUCACCAUCGCCCAUGAGAUCGGUCACACAUUUGGAAUGAACCAUGACGGGAUGGGGAACGCCUGCGGGCCACGCAGCCAGGAGACCGCCAAGCUGAUGGCUGACCACAUCACCAUGAAGACAAACCCGUUCAUCUGGUCGGCCUGCAGCCGGGAUUAUAUCACCAGCUUCCUGGACUCAGGUUUGGGCUCCUGUCUGAACAACAUGCCGCCAAAGCAGGAGUUUGUUUACCCCACCACCGCCCCCGGUCAGGCCUAUGACGCAGACGAGCAGUGCCGUUUCCAGUACGGCAUCCGAUCCCGGCAGUGUAAAUAUGCGGAAGUCUGCAGCGAACUUUGGUGCAUGAGUAAGAGCAACCGCUGCAUCACCAGCAGUAUACCUGCAGCAGAGGGAACCAUCUGUCAGACAAAUACCAUAGAGAAAGGGUGGUGCUUCAAACGGGUGUGUGUUGCAUAUGGGACUCGUCCAGAGGGGGUGGAUGGAGGCUGGGGUCUGUGGUCCGCCUGGGGGGAGUGCAGCAGGACCUGUGGAGGUGGAGUCUCCUCCUCCGUCAGACACUGCGACAGCCCCAGGCCAACCAUCGGAGGAAAAUACUGUCUGGGAGAAAGAAAACGUUUCAGGUCCUGCAAUAUUGAUGAGUGUCCUGCAGGCUCCAGGGACUUCAGAGAAAUCCAGUGCUCCGACUUUGACAGCACUCCUUUCAGGGGAAAAUUUUACACCUGGAAACCGUACAGAGGAGGUGGGGUGAAGUCCUGCUCUCUCAACUGCCUCGCCGAAGGAUACAACUUCUACACGGAGCGAGCUCCCGCCGUGGUGGACGGCACUCCAUGUCGAGACGACUCUCUGGAUGUUUGUGUAAACGGAGAGUGUAAGCACGUGGGCUGUGAUCGUGUGCUCGGGUCAGACGUGCGUGAAGAUCGCUGUCGGAUCUGCGGUGGCGAUGGGAGCAGCUGCAUCUCCGUGGAGGGAGUCUUCAACGACUCGCUGCCUGAAGGAGAUUAUGAAGAAGUGGUGAGAAUUCCUAAAGGAUCAGUGUUCAUCCACAUUCAAGAGCUCAACAUUUCCCUCAACUACCUUGUCCUGAAGAGCAAAAAUGACCAGUAUUUUAUCAAUGGGAAGCUUAACAUUGACACGCCUCGAAGGUUCAGCGUUGCCGGGACGAUUUUCCACUACAGGCGGCCCACCGACGGUGCAGAAAUGCUAGAAGCUCUGGGCCCGACAAACAUGACCCUCGUUGUCAUGGUGCUGGUGAGGGAGGACAACCAGGGGAUCCACUAUCGUUUCAACCCGCCUGUCAGCAGGGAUCCCAUGAGCGGCUUCGCCUGGCAGUACACGUCCUGGUCCCGCUGCUCAGCUUUGUGUGCAGGAGGUGUACAGAUCCAGCAGGUCGUGUGUAAGAGGCAGUCGGAUCUUUCUGUCGUCUACAAUCACUUCUGUGACAAGAAGAACAAACCUAAAGAGAAGAGAAGAACCUGCAACACUGAGCCGUGCUCCCCAAAGUUUAUUUCCGCUUCCAGCUGGUGGACGGGAGAGUGGUCGGAGUGCAGCCGCAGCUGCAACGGCGGCCUGCGCACUCGGGAGGUGUUAUGUAAAAGGAGGAUCUCUGCGGUGGAGGAGAAAGUCCUGGACGACUCGGCCUGCAGCUCCACCCGCCCCUCGUUCACAGAGCCCUGCAGCAACCACAGCUGCCCUCCAGAGUGGCUGGCCUUGGACUGGUCCGAGUGCACACCCAGUUGUGGUCCUGGCUACCGACACCGCGUGGUGUUGUGUAAGAGCGGGGAGAGCGGCGACACAUUGCCAGACUCAAAGUGUCCCAAAAAUGGCCGCCCGACCUCCAGGGUGCGCUGUAACCUGCAGCGCUGCCCUCCUCCUGUCUGGGUGACAGGCCCGUGGGGAGAGUGCUCUGCCAGAUGUGGUCUGGGUCAGGAGAUGCGCUCGGUGCAGUGCCUGGCCCACACUGGCCAGCCAUCCAACGAGUGUCUGGAGCAUCAGCGGCCCGCCGCCAUGCAGCAGUGCAAGAGCAAAUGUGACGCCAGUCUGCCCGUCAACUCAGAGAACCCAGAAGAGUGUAAAGAUGUGAGCACUGUGGCGUACUGCCCCCUGGUGCUCAGGUUCAAGUUCUGCAACCGGCCAUAUUUCAGACAGAUGUGCUGUAAGACCUGCCAGGGACACUGACGCUGCUGCGGUCGCGGGGUCAAACAGUAAGACUGAACCUUUUCCACUGAGCCUCGCUGCAGCAGCCUUCACCGUUUCUCCGUCGGUUCAAGCUUGGGGUCCACUGUCGAUGCUGACAAACAGGUUCCUGAAAUUAGUCAGAGGGGUGCUUUGUUUUCCUCUCCUCACUGAUAAUCCAGAUUUGAAAUCUCUGGACCAAACAUCGUUCCGCUGGAGGAGAGGGUCCAGCGCUGAAACCUGGAGAGGAAGGAGGGAGGGAGGCAGCAGCUGAUCCUCUCUUUGCCUCUCUAAACUUUGACUUUGUCUUAAUAUUUUGGUGCUAUACGUUUUAUUUUGGCUACGGGACUGGUUUCAGUAAUCUUAAACUCCACUUCUUAUUACUUGAGUGGCUUAAAUGUUUAGCCUGUUAUACGUUUUUAAAACAUCCACUUUGAAAGGAAAUGAUUUUCACGGUAUCUGUGCCCACAACACUGCAAAAACACAAAAUCUUACCAAUUAAUUUUGGUCUAGUUUCUAGUGCAAAUAUCUUAGUACACUUGAAAUAACACAAAACUGACCUACAAGUAACUUUUCAACAAGAUAUAUAAGCUUGUUUCAAACCAAUAAUUCAUUAAUAUUGAUGGGAUUUUUUAAAAGUACUUCUUCCAUUGCCACUGAUAAGAUAUUUUUAUAAAUGAAAUAAUCUGUCUAUGGAAUAGGUACAAUUUCAUAAAUAUGUAUAAAUUAUUGACUUAAAGCUUCUAUACUUCUAAGUUAGUUUUCUUAUUUUAGAUGCACUAAGAUAUUUGCACUAGAAACUAGACCAAACUACUUAGAUUUUGUGUUUUUGCAGUGAAAAAGAUUGGCUCCUUUAAUUUUAAAACAUAUUUCUAUGUUAGCUUUUACUUGACUUAUUGUUUUUAUGUCCUUGUUUUGUUGCAUAUCAGUAUAACCAUUGAGUCCUCGCAGAUAUUCGGUUGUAAGAGCAGAUUUGGAUUUGCACAAAGCGUCUGCAGUCGGAGGACUUGUGUGUUUUGUGUUUCUUGUCCCAUCAUUUGACUUGAUGUCUUUAGUUGUGGAAAACGCUGCGGUCUUGCCAUUUGGGUAGUUUCUCCGACAGUUUAUCACCUCUGUACAGUUAAAUCGCAACACGCAGCAGAGCGUCACUGAAAAUUGUUUUCAUACAACAGGCUGUCAGAUUGUCAGACUUUGGCACAAAGUCUCAGACAUUAUCAGAUUUCACUCCAUGCUGCCUGGUUGUAAAAUUUUUGUUUUAUUUUAUUUUUCCCACAUGUGUAAAGGUGCAAAUACUGAGUGGAAACACAGAGCACAGUGAGCCACAGCUCUGCCAACAGGAAGAGGCCAACAGAGGAGAGAGGCAGCCUCACAUUUCUGUCUAAUCUGAGCAAUUAAAUGCGUCAUUUAUCAGCCUUUUUUUAGGCACGACCUUUCUGACAGUUUCCUUCACAAAACUGCAGAUACUGUGUCUAAAACUUUAAACCAACCCUGAUUCCAUUAUAACUUACUUCUGGAGCUCUUAUUUCUUUUUAAAGUGGGGAUAUUUUGGACGAUUAUCUCAUCUUAUAACACAUUUUCUUUCCUGUGAAAGACAAAAAAAAAAUAGAAAUGUCCAAACCCAAGAGCACAUUUCAUCUUUGUGAUUCUGAAUAUUAUUUUCUACCUUCUUCACAAAAUCUUUUCAGAGAUUAAGAAAUCACAGCAUUUUGUCAGAAACGCUGACACCGUUUUUUGUGGGGGGGUUUCUGGGGAAAUUGACACUGAGUUUAUUUUUAACGUGACCCUGAAGUGUCCCACUUUUGGUACGACCUCGUCUGAUGCAGAGCGGAUUCAUAAACCGCGUUUCUCCGACUCGUAGAGAGAGAUGGAAGAAAUGUUGCCUCACGGUGCUUUCAGGGCUCAGUCAUCGCGCCUCGUGGCCUCGCUGUGACGCUCACUCUGCUCUCCGAGCUGCCGGGGCUUAGUCAACACUUAGAGCAGCUACUUGUUGCAACACUCAAACGUUUCUCUGUGAAGAAAGGAAGUGACUGUCUGUCUUUGUGAGGGUUGGCUGCACUUGUUCCCGUUAUUUCUGGUGGUGCUUCAGUUUUGAAUGGUGCUAUUUGUUGACUGCCGUUUGUUCCUCAUGUAUCAUGUAAGCAGUUGUUAAAAUCUUUUAUUUAAAAAUCAACUUGAGCCUUUCUUUUUUUUUUUAUAUUACAGAUCUGCAAAGUAGAACGUAUAGUGAUGAAGUGUAUAAGUGCAGCUGUUUAUAAAGGUUCAUCCACUAGAGGUC